AUGAAAUACAUCUACUGGCCGUUGAUGUUAGCGACGUUUUGGUCCGCCCACACCAAAGGCGAACCCCAAGUGCACAUCCUAGCCGAAAACCUCGACCAAGUCAUCACCUCCACGACAUUAGAAUGGGUCGUUUACAAUAAAAACGACAAAUUCCUACUCAACAACGCCGUCGUCGCCGCCUAUCAAACCGUAGAAGGCCAAAAACGCAGCAACGAAGCCUCCGAACUGGAAAACGAAACGGUCGGAGACCAGCCGGUGCAGGAGCCCGUCUACGUCUGUCGCGCCAAUUUCAACGGCUUCUGGAUAUCGGGCCAGCUGCGGCCCGACAGCCACGUCUGCGUCGUCUCGCUCUACCAAAAGGUCUCCGAGAACGAGAAAUUCGACGUGCUCGUCAGCAUCGAGGACAGCGCCCGCCUCAGCUGGGCCGACAAGGCCCAAUACACGCUCAUCCCCCAGGGAUCGGUCACCAGCGGCGAGAACGUCCUGCGCAGCUUCGUCGCCCGCAGGAAGGCCAACAGCCACAACAAAACAGGUUCGUUGUCGCAUUACGUCGGAGCCUAUUCCACCGAGAAUAUGGGAGUAUUCUACGUGGUGGAUCAAAAUAACAUAGCCAUACAAUACACCGACGGGGAGAUAUUGGUGGAAACGGAGCCCGUCAGCUACGAAUUGCAGAACGUCAAGUUGGCUCGCAUCAACAAACGUUUUCCGAAGAAGCAACGCGUUUUGGGCCACGCCGUACUCACCAACACCGAGAGUUCGUUCCAAAUGGUCGAGAGCGUCAUCACCUACGCCUAUCCGUACAGCCUGUUUUGGGGCAAAGGCCACGGCCUCUCCACCGGCCUGCCUCUCGCCGUCGACUUCCGCAACGGCACCCGCCUACAAGGCACCUGGGGCCUGCCCAGGGACGUCGAAAUCAAAGAAAUGGCGCCCGUCAAGAGCUACCUCGAAGCCGGCACGGCCGUCAACGUCACCGUGCGCGGAAACUACACCGAAAUGGAGAUCCCCUACACGGCCACCCUCGUACAACGCUACAAGGACGGCGAAACGAGGGAGAUCGUCAUCAGGGACACCAAGCGCGAGAACAAGAUGAUGGACGUCGUCGCCGAGUACACGCCCGCUUAUUUCGUACACAACAACAGCUGGGUGCCCACCACAACGACCACCACCACCACCACGACCACCACCACCACCACCACGGCUAAAGUUACCACGAUAUCGGAGGAGAUAACUCCGUUGGUGCAGGACGCCAAGAUAGCCGAUAAUCUUCGUUCCGAAGAGAAGAAGAAGCAGGAGGGCGGCAUGCAAUCGGACGAGGAGCGAAAUGCGGAGGGCGAGGGAGGCAAAACGGGCGCGAGCAAAUCCGCCGGUUCUUCGAUAAUCUUCAUCUCGCUAUCGACGAGUUUGCUGGCGGCGAUGGCGGUGAAAUUCGCGUAG